UUCAAACAGUAACCCUCUUAAACUAUGUAGUUUAGAGAUAUGGAGACCGCAUUUCAGAAAUUAAAUGUAGCUUAGUUGCCAAAAUACUGUUCCCACACUUCCUCUAACACCCUUCUACAGUUCUUUAUUUAAUAAGGUGAAAUGGAAAACACUUAGUCAGUGCAUGUGCUUCUGCAUGAGGCGUUCAAUAAAUCCUUUACGCUUGAGGCUGUCGGUUCGAGGUUGGGCUUUUAUUGUGUUACUUACAAACUUCUCACUGCCACGUUCAAGACCCAAAGGACCACCAAAGCCUGAACUAGCAAUUUAGUUUGAAAUCAUGAGACACAGUGCUUUGUCUGUAUUGGUUUUAUUGGUAUUCAUGGGAAGUUUUGCUGUUAUGAUCUAUAUAUCUCUUACUGCUAAAGCCAGUCCUCACAAAGCGAUUGUACUUGGAAAAUAGAUUGUAUCGUCCACAAGGGAAUCCUUUCUCUUGUACUCCAUUAAACAUUAAAGCUGAGUGAUUUCAAAUGUUCACAUUGGGAUUUAACUGCAUAGAAAAAACUAUCAUUAUUCUAAAAUGUUUCCCAUUUGGCUAAAAUUAAUUAUUUAUUAGGACAAAAUAAUAACUCUAAGUUUGUAUUCAUUUUACGUGAUAUAAUAAUGAACUUGUAUGACAUUUAACAAACAGAUUUCUCUUUAAAAAUACAUUUAAAAGACAUUUGUUUUCGGGAGGUCUCAGUGAGCUUCAGCUGCACCUCUCCUCUGGAGCGGACAUGGAUUCAGUGGUGGGCCAAUGGGUGCUUUCACAUGAUGAACGCUUGCUGUCAAGAGGGAUCGGACCCUGGCCUUUACGGUGAAGGACAGCCACCCUCAUCACGAGCACCACUUUGCUGCUCUUUCACGCUGAGUUUGUUUGCACCGUCACCCCACAGACACAUUCUCUGCAUCGUGGGUCUUACGGUUGACUGAUCAGAUGAAGCGUUGGUGCGGUCAGCAGAGCACACGACUGGAAAGUGAGAGUGACAUUCCAGACGGGGAGAGUCAGAAGUGAAAACUGGCUGCAAAUAGCCCAUGGACCUGGAAGUGAGGGGAACAACAGGGCAUAUUCAGCGGGAGGGGCUGUCAUUGGAGGUGGAAAAGGGGACUGGUAUUUUAAGAAGCAGCUUGGUUGGAUGUUGUACUGGAUCCAGUCUGUGUCUCUUGAUUUGAGUUUAGCUGCACUGGAAAGCUCUCAUGGAGGUCAACUUGAAAGAGGAUAAAGGAGAAGAUGGCUGCCCUGAGGGGGAGAUGACAAAGGAGGAUGUUUCAGAGCCUGUUGAGGGAGACACUCUGCGGGACUGGGCCUCCUCCCACCAGCGGCCCGUUAUCCAUCAGGUGGCCUCUGCACCCAUGCCCAGUGACUGUGAGUUCUCCUUCUUUGACCCGAGUGAGCCGCAGUGCAGAGAGGUUCUUGUGGAUCCCAGCACCACCAUACCGGAGCUGUUCGCCGUCCUCAGGCAGUGGGUGCCCCAGGUGCAGAAGAACGUUGACCUCAUCGGCAAUGAGAUCCUAAAGAGAGGCUGCGGUGUGAAUGAUCGAGACGGUCUGACGGACAUGAGCCUCCUGCACUACUGCUGCAAGGCCGGGGCCCAGGGCAUCGGUGACGCAGAGAUAGCGGCUGGGUUUGCACGCCAGCUCCUUUCCUCGGGUGCUGAUCCCAACCUCCGCUCGCGCUGGACUAGCAUGAAGGCUCUGCACUACGCCGCCUACUUUGACGUCCCCCAGCUGAUCCGGGUGGUGCUGCAGGCCUCCCAGCCUGGAGAGGUAGAUGCCACCUGUAGUGACUUUGACUUUGGCACGCCCCUGCACAUCGCUGCGUCCAACCUGUGCACGUCAGCUGUCAAAUGUCUCCUGGAGCUGGGAGCCAACCCUGCUUUCAGAAAUGAAAAAGGGCAGUGCCCAGCAGACGUUGUGCCUGACCCCCUGGACAUGCCCCUGGAGAUGGCAGAUGCAGCUGCCAUGGCGAAAGAGCUCUGGACUUUGUUGAGGCGGGCUUUACCCAGACCCAGCUCCCCCCUGCCGCUCACACUGCAGUCCCAGCCCCUCCCUGUGCUCUCCGAUAAGGCCAGGAUCCAGCUCGCCGCCAUGGGACUCCGACUAGGAGACCGUGUAGUGAUAGCUGGACAGAAGGUUGGAAGGCUUCGAUUCUGUGGCAGCACCGAGUUCUCUGGAGGCCUCUGGGCCGGAGUGGAGCUGGACAAACCGGAGGGAAAGAAUGACGGCUCGGUAGCUGGGGUUCUGUAUUUCACCUGUCGGAUCAAACAUGGAAUCUUUGCUCCCCUCUCCAAGAUAAGCAAACCUUUGGAAAGACAUAAAGCCAACACCAGAAAGACCUCUACUCCCUUAAGACCCCCUCGUCGCAUCGAUGUAUCCCGCGUCACCUCCAAGAUAAACACAGGUUUAUCUCCAUCUGGUCAAAAAGCCUUUGAGAAUCAAAAAAGUCCACCGUGUCCCAAUCAGGGCCCAGAGGGAGACGCCUCAGUGACAAACACAGGCGUUCUCUCCCGCUCUCUCUCCUCUUCAUCCUCUUCGCUGGAUUCUCGGCAUGGACCAGGGGCCCGACCCCGUCCCCUGCCAAGGCAGCGUCUUCCAGCCAGGCAGCGGAGGGAGCGUGCUUCUCUCAGUCCGAGGACCGCGCCCUCACCUGCGCUCCGCUCCUCUCCCGACAACACUGCUCUUCCUUCCUCUGGUUUUCGAAGUAAAACCCCCUCGGCUAGUAGCUCAGUGUGUGGGGGCCCCGAGGUGCGCCUGGGGGAGAGGGUGCUGGUGGUUGGUCAAAGGACUGGUGUAGUGCAGUUCUACGGGAAAACCAACUUUGCUCCAGGGCUCUGGUUGGGCAUUGAGCUGGAUAAGCCCAGUGGUAAGAACGAUGGGUCAGUGGGAGGUGUGAGGUACUUCAGCUGCCCUUCCAAACAUGGCGUCUUUGCUCCACCUUCUCGCGUUCAGAGGAUCCAUGGAUCUGUUGACUGCCUGUCGGAGCUCUCCUCCUCGCGAAACCCUUUCAGCGGGACCAUCCGUCGCACUUUCAGCACAUCCUCUGCCAUCGCUGCCUCCAAGGAGACGAGCAGGAGGAAUUCUGUCAGCAGGAAUCGCACUAACCCUCACCGCCGGCGCUGGAGCUCACUGAGCGGGGGCACCACUGUUCCCGGGGGCGCAGCAGGGUCCGGCCCCCCGCCUGGCUCCGGACAGGUCUGCCUCCACGUGGGCAUGCAGGUCCUGCUCACCAGCGCCAACGACAUGGCGUCCAUCCGCUACCUAGGCACGGCAGACUUUGCCCCGGGCCUCUGGCUGGGUCUGGAGCUGCGGAGCCCCAAGGGGAAGAACGACGGCUCUGUGGGCGAGCGCCGCUACUUCAGCUGCCGGCCCGGACACGGCGUGCUGGUCCGGCCCAGCCGCGUCACGUACCGCGGCAUCAACGGGGCCCGCCUAGUGAACGAAAACAGCUGAGGACUGUGGGAGCCAGAGUGGGCUGGGUUGGGAGGACAUCUAAAGAAGUUUUGACUUUGUGUUUCUGAUCGAUUCAAAGCAAAAAUGAUCGUUUAAGCGUCUUCUCAGUUACAUAUUCCUUUGUACUCUUUCUGAGGUGUUGUAAGUUACAGCAAUAAAACUACCUAUUAGGAGCUCAAAUUUAAAAAUACUAAAUUCAAUUUAGAAAAAAAUAUGAGAUCAAGAAAGCACUUUAUGAAAUGAACUAUAAACUCUUAUUAGAAUUAGUCUGAGCAGGAUAAAAGGGGAAGUCUUAUUAAGACAUAACACACUGCACUACUAUAAUGUGAUUGCACUGCGAAAGGAUAUCUCUAUGAUGGAUCAGAGUGAGAUUAGGCGGAUGGUAUGGAUGUGCGUUUCUAUUACCCAGAGCUCUUUUUGCUUGCAGUAGAGAUGUGUGUCCGAUCAUUUAGAUAACGGUGAUGUAGCAUACUCUCCACAGAGCGCAUGUGUUUGUGACUGCGCUUCUGCGUGUGCAUGUGUGUAUUAAUUAAGAGCACUUUGAAACAAGAGAGAUGAUGGAUUGUUCCCGGGUCAUAUCUCCUGCAGAUAAUUGAUGGAAUUUGAGUCAGAUCUGGAUUUUUUUACUUUAUGAAUCAAUGUGAAUAAAACAGAUUUAAUUAAGCCCAGACCUACAGCAGAAUACAUCUGCUCCAACAGAAGUCCUUCCUCCUACGUACAACCCCCACAGACUGUACAGUAGGGCUGCGGUAGGCAGGGGUUUUUGCCGUCAAUUAGGAAAAAAAUAUCCAUAAUAACCUUUCAGCAUAUUAUUAGCCUUAAGCCUGAUAGCAGAUACGGUGAGUGGGAAGAGUUGCUAUUGGAGCAGUGGUAACUGUGCUUGCUACAAAGAUACCGAAAAAGUCUAUGAACUUCAGUGUUUGCAAAUGUGUUUCAGAGAGGGAUGAAAUGUUUUGUUGUUCGUUGACUACCCAUUACCAGAGGAUCACAGCUACGGAUAACCUGAACCUGAGUUAUUAUCAUAGAACUGCUGCUUUGUAAGGGAAACAGGAUAGCAAUCAGAGGAUUAUUUAUGAAAUAAAAGACUCGUAUAGGUCGGGGGAGGGGGGGAAGCUACAGGACGAGGGCUAUAUUUGAAAAUUCUGCAGCUUUUUUUCACCGUUUCCGGACGAAUUUUCUUUCCAAAUUUAGCCGUACAUAAAUGAUGGUUAUAUUGGCGCCAAUAUUCUACCAAUUGCUCCUUUGGCUAUGAUGCUGUUUUGGUAAGCUGUUGUCAUUGUAGAGGAAGUGAUGUCAUAUUGAGAUGGAAACACAUUUGGAGAUUGAAAGCCUGUUCAUGCUGGCUUGGGUUGAAUUUCUUUGCGAAAUGAAUUUGGAAACAUCUGAAUGUGUUUAGUAUCCGCGCUGACAGUUUUCCACUGCAGUAUGAUAUCUUCGAUUUGUUGGAGACCGCAUUUCAGAGCAGCGGUAUAAAUGUUUGUGACGCUUGAUUAAAGCUGCUCCACACAGGAUAUACGCAAUCAUCUCGUCUGAAGCCUUUCUGCAGAGAGCCAGCCAUCGAUUGUGCAUGAGGAAAACAAGCCCUCUGUUCAGCAAAACACUCAUGUAGCACCCAAUUAAAGUGUGCAGGCCACAGCUAGAGGUGCGGAAUCUCCAAUGGCCCUCUCAUUGAUCCGUCUGCUCACAGCCUGUGAUGGAGGACCGUGUUGGUCAGAGCUCAAGGUUUCUGAGAAAUCUGCCCGACAUCAGACGGAGGAAAUACAUUUCUGAGAUCCUACUGAAUUAUUUCUAUCACACAGAAAGCUCUUUUGCAUACGGGCCGUCCAUGUGAUCACUACUGUGGCAUUUGUAAGAGGUACAGAUGUCAUCUUCAGAAAGACUCGCUUAUUUUUGGUGUAUCUGCGAUUGUAUUACAGCAGAGUCAUUUCAGAUUCCACUGGUGUGUAUGAAUGUGUUUUGCCGCUGCGUUCCUGUGGGUAAUGGAUUUGUUGUUUUUCAUAAAAUUCCUGAUAUUUUAAUCUGAAGUGUGUGAGAGGGAUUUGGUCUGAUGCAUUUUUCAUGUUGUGGAAAAUACCAGUAUUUGUAAAGAAGAAAAUAAAAGACUAUUCUAAUUUGA